AUGGAAGCACCGUGUGAACUCACCGUCACAGUGAGCGGGCAGGAAGGAGUGACAGUGACUCGGCCGCCGUUUGCAUGCAUCCCUUUCGGAUCAGCGCUGGAGCAGCAGUGUCGGCGCAUGGAGGCGGUGGGGUUGCGCAUUGACAACAUCGACCUCACUUGCCUUGACGCGGAACCCGCUCCGCACUCCCCGCAGUCCGCGGGGGGCAGCCGCUCUGCAGUUUCCGCCACCGCUGACGCCAAUGGCGCUGACGGCGCGCCAGAGGCCGGGAAAACGCCCCGCGAAUCAUGGCCAGGGUUAGCCUACCAGGGCGGAAAUGGCCCCCCAUCGCCAUGCGCCCCCGUCUUGCUACCCGGGCCUUCAUUCCGCUCCCCCCAUUCCUCCUCUCACUCCUCCCCUUACUCCUCGCUCUCCAUCCUCCCUCCCUCCUCCUCAGACUCCUAUGACCACACACUCCCCUCUCGGUCCGCCAUUCCCUCGCAGACCUCCUACUCCCCCACCUCCUCGACUCUCCACUCCUUUGCCUCCCCCGCUUGCACCUCCCCCGCCUGCGCCUCCCCCAUCUCCGUCUCCCCCACCUCCGCAACCCACGCUCCUCCCUUCGCCCCAACCAGGCCCAGGCCUGCCCGGCAACCUGCCCCGGGCUUUCAUCGCAGGAGCAGCUCUCUUUCCGUUCUGACCGAGUAUCUGCCCGGGGUGGCACCUGCAGCCUGCAACUCUCCUUGCGGUGCCACAUCCGCAUGCGCACACCCCACUGCAUCCACUUUUGUCUCCCGACCAUCAGCAGAGAAACCCCCAACGCCGCGUAAAGCCCCGGUGGCCCCCAGAGAGACUGGUUAUAGGAGUAUGAGCAGCGAUAACGUCCUGGAGGAGUGGAGCGACAUUGAGGCAGAUGCUGAGUGGGUGGCGGUGGGAGGGAAGCAGGCAAACGCAAGGGAGGCUGGGGGGUUGGAUGGUGGCAGUCCUAAUUUGAGUGGUUACAGGGGUAUGAGGGGUGGUGGUGCUGCAGCGCAUGAGGAUGUGAGGGGUGGCAGUAUGAGGGGCCAGGAGGAGGGUGUGAAGAGCAAGAGGAGUGUGCUGAAGAAAAUGCUGUGGCGGUUCAAGUCAGGACCAGGUGGACACGCAGAGGAGUCUGCCAAGGGGAAAACACCGCCACAGCAGGAGCAGGAAGAGGAGGAAGAGGCAGAGGAGGAGAGGCAAGGCGAGCAGGAGCAGGAGAGGCAUGGAGGUUACACAGUGCGUGUCUUUGCAGAAGCAGAGUGUUGA